UGUUGCUGUCAGUGGCUUGUCAAGCGGUCGAUUUAGGUUUUCGUGAUUGAAUUGAAAUAAUUUUCACGAUUUUCCAAUAAUAUUAUGUUAUUGCUUUGUAUAAUUCAGAAUUAAUAGAUGCGUAAUAUUAUUUAUAGUUAAAUAAACGAAUAACACAAUCAUCCGGCAAGAUGUCGAAGUGGCAAUCCGAGAGGAGCAUACAUGAAAUGUUGAAAGACACACCGCCUAUAAGGGAGUCCAGUGACUCUAUAACGUCAGGAACUGAGGCAAAAUUUCCUACAUCACGCUCCAUGCCGUUUCCUCCGGCUUAUGCACCUCCGGAUGUGUCGCAGAACGGUGCAGCUGGCUCUAGCACAUUACUCCGAGCUGGAUCGUCCAAACUGGAGUCUAUACGCAACUGGGGAGUCUCCACAUAUAAGUGUACCAAGCAGAUACUGUACGAGAAACUAGGCAAGAGCUCACGGACUGUUGACACAGAGCUAGAAGCGCAAAUAGAAAUUCUGCGUGAAACCCAGCGCAAAUACAACGGCAUUCUCCGGCUGAGCUCGACGCUGACGGCGCAGCUGGCGGCCGCCGGCCACACGCAGCGCGCGCUCGGCGAGGCCUUCGCGGACCUCGCGCAGAAGUCGCCCGAGCUGCAGAACCAAUUCCUGUACAACGCAGACACACAAAGAUCUCUAACCCGGAACGGAGAUACCCUGUUGGCCGCACUACAUUUCUUCAACAAUUCUCUGAAUACAUUGACCAAUAAAACUAUAGAAGACACGCUGCUCACUAUACGACAAUAUGAGGCCGCUAGAGUGGAAUACGACGCGUACCGCAGUGAACUGGAGGCGAGUGGGGGGAACCCCCCGGAACUGCUGUUGUCCAACAUCGAGCGACACCGCAGGCAUUACGAGCGGCUGCGGGACGAUUCUGCUGUUAAAUUGAAAUUGUUGCAUGAAAAUCGGGUGAAAGUGAUGAACAAACAACUGCUGUUAUUCCACAACGCGGUGUCUGCAUACUUCAGCGGCAACAACGUGGCCCUGGAGGCGGCCGUGCGGCACUUCAGCCUGCUGCCCCCACCGCCGUCCGCUGCCCCGCCCUCCGCCACCCUCCCGCCCGCGCUGCCCAACUAAGGAAAUAAUAGUUCAUAUUUUAUGUGUGUCACUCAGAGCCUUUCAACCGCUGCGGCCGCGCUGUCAUUUCAAAUUCUAACAAAGAAUUAGUUUAACUAUCUGACAACAAGUUAAUCUUAGAAG